AUGAAUAAUCGUACAUUAAAGAUAGUCCAGUUAAACAUGGCGAGAUCCAUGGAGGUGUCAACGGAGCUGCGCUCCUUGUGUAUCUCGAACAACAUCGACAUAGCUAUAGUCCAAGAACCAUAUACACGUUACGGGAAACUGUCAGAUUUAGAGGACAGCGACACUAGGGUAGUUAAGACACAAACCAAUGAGCAGCAUGGUGUUUGGGCAGCCAUCGUGGUCUUUAAUAGACACUUAGACAUUAUUUGCAGAGAAAACUUAACCACAAUACGCACGGUGGUUCUAAGUGUCACCCACCCAGGUCAAACACCGAUCGACAUUAUAUCGUCAUAUUUUCAAUUCAGGAAGGACAUGGCGGAGUUCGUUCGCGAAAUAAGCGAGAUAAACCAGUCCCUCACAAACAGAACAAUAAUUGGUGCUGAUGUUAAUGCCUUCUCACCCUGGUGGCACGACCCAAGGCGGAAUGAUAAGGGCCGUUUAGUAGAAUGUAUGAUCACAUCCCUUGAUCUCACCAUAGAAAAUAGACCGGACUCUGGAUGGUCUUUUCACGGUGCAAGAGGGAACAGUAAUGUGGACGUUACACUAUCCAGGGGUAUCAACGGCGCGAUACUAGACUGGAGCAUCGACCAAGCGGGUACGUCAAGUGACCAUUCCCUGAUAACAUAUUCACUAACAGACCAGGUCGUCAUGGUUUCACCUCACAGAGUCAACAGAUUUCACGAUGCAAAAAUAGACACACAUAGACUGCUUGACGUUCUUGAAACCAAGAUCGGCAACUAUCCAGUCUCUGAAGACAUAAGCGAUGCUGCCAAAUACCUAACGAAUGCUAUCAUGGAGACCUGCACAGAGGUACUCCUAAAGCGUGCAAGGAAAAGUUCACCACGACCUCCCUGGUGGAAUGCGGACGUCACUGCUUCAAAAGCCAAUCUUAACAGGGCGAAAAGGCGUAUUCUUAGGGAAGCUACAGCCGAGGCGCGGAAUGCUUUCAAAGCAGCAAGGAACGUACACGUGGCGAAUAUUCGAAGGGCAAAAUUUAACCUGUGGAAGAAGUUUGCCGAUGUACCCAUCAACGGCAAGCAGAUGUGGGGCAAGCUAACUAAGUGGCUAAUCCGCGGACGGCAAGAGCCCAAAGUCCCAACCGUACUAGUUCGGCAAGACGGUACUUACACUAGUAACUUGGAAGACACCAUUGAGCUCAUGGUAGACGAACUAAUACCGCACUCAGUUAAUGACAUACAACCAGAACCUCUACCAAGUGAACAAAAGUCAGCUACCAUAGAGCUGGACGAGCUAAGAUAUGUAGACAAAAGAACCCCGCCCCCGGAGCAGACGGGAUAA